CCUCCGCCGCCGCCAACCGCCGCCUCAGCUUGCGCCGCCGCCGCCGUCGCCGCCGCGCACGCCAUGGGAGCCGUGACUGACGAUGAAGUAAUACGGAAGCGUCUCCUAAUUGAUGGAGAUGGUGCUGGAGAUGAUCGGAGAAUUAAUCUGCUAGUGAAGAGUUUCAUUAAGUGGUGCAAUUCUGGAUCCCAGGAAGAGGGAUAUAGCCAGUACCAACGUAUGCUGAGCACACUGUCUCAAUGCGAAUUUUCAAUGGGCAAAACUUUGCUGGUAUAUGAUAUGAAUCUCAGAGAAAUGGAAAAUUAUGAAAAAAUUUACAAAGAAAUAGAAUGUAGCAUUGCUGGAGCACAUGAAAAAAUUGCUGAGUGCAAAAAGCAAAUUCUUCAAGCAAAACGAAUACGAAAAAAUCGCCAAGAAUAUGAUGCUUUGGCAAAAGUGAUCCAGCAUCAUCCAGACAGGCAUGAAACAUUAAAAGAACUAGAGGCUCUGGGAAAAGAAUUAGAGCAUCUUUCACAUAUUAAAGAAAGCGUUGAAGAUAAGCUGGAAUUGAGACGGAAACAGUUUCAUGUUCUUCUUAGUACCAUCCAUGAACUUCAGCAAACAUUGGAAAAUGACGAAAAGCUCUCAGAGGUAGAAGAAGCUCAAGAAACAAUCAUGGAAGCAGAUCCUAAGCCAUAGAUAGGCUAAUUACUCACCAUUCCCAAGAAUAUUGAAAUAGCUACGUGAGCUUAGUAUGUUUACAAUUUGUUGCACUCUUGAGAUAUUUAAAGUUUGGCAGAGAACUACUUUGCUUUAAAUAUUAAUGCACAUUUCAUUCAUGUUUCUUCACACAAAGAAAAAUGACCAGUAUAGAUUUGUUUUCAUUGACAUCUAUUUUUUAUUCUUAAAAGGUAGGAAGCAACAUCCAAAAUUGUUUAAUAAGAUGUUUUCAAGCUGGCUAUGUUUGUGCUCAUUAGUAGUCUAGGCAGUUUUUUUUGUCUUUUUCAUGACUGGUACUCAGCCAGUGAGCACACCGGCCAUUCCUAUAUAGGAUCCGAACCCGCGGCGGGAGCGUCGCUGCGCUCCCAGCGCCGCACUCUCCCGAGUGUGCCACGGGGUCGGCCCCUAGGUAGUUUUUAAUUGAUAGCUUUGAUUGACUUACAAAAUAUGUUGAAUGUUGUGAGAAGGUAUUUCUAGGAUAUACAUGAGAAGAUGAGACAAUUUCUGGAAAUUGUUACCACUUUUGAAAAAGGCAUCCAUGAAUAGGCUUCAGGAAGGCCAUGUACCUUUAAAAUUAUGUGCAAAAUGUUUGUGGUGUAUUCUUGUGAGGAGAGGUUCCAUGAUAUUAAGAAUGAUUGGUAUAAGAGGUAAUUACAACAUGCAAAGUAAAUCAAUAUGCAUUGCUUUCUGUAUCUCUCUCCUUAAUUCUUGAAUAUGGUUGCUAAAUGUUGUUGACCUCUCUCUACUAUUUUGUUCUUUAGGAGUUGUUUUCAAUAGAAAAAAAUAUUGAUAAAGUGAAGAGUCAUCUGAGGUAAAUAGUUUGUUAAAAUUGUCUUGGAUAAAGGAUUUCAUAAUCUUUUUAAAAAUUAAGCUAGGCAGAAUCACUUGUAAUUUUCUUAAGUAUUGAAUUACAUGUACAAUACUCAUUCGGUUUCAUCUUUUUCCAUUUAUUUUAGUUAAGAAACAUGACACUUUGCGUGAUUCAUACCUUAAUGUUACGUUUUUGUAAUUUUAAUAAGAAUUUUCAUCUUUAAAAAUGAAGGCUUAAAAUUAGCUCAGUAGUAGUCAUAUUAAAAGUGUCAUAAUACCUUUAAAUGCUUCCUCUAAUUUCAUCUGGCAAAUCAUAGGAGAAAUUUUUUUUUGUGGAAUUGCUAUGCCCUGACAAAUGUUUCUAUUUUCCAUUAUUAGUAAGAAUUAUGAAGCAAAAAUUUGCUCAUAUUGACUGAGAACUAAAAAUCAGUUUUUUGUAAAGGUUUUUUUUUUUUUUUAAAAGGGCUGUUUGGCACAAUAUUCUUUAAAAAUGCCCCCCCAAUUGAUUAAUUUAUUAGAGAGAUUUAUUUAGGAUUAUGUACCAAGAGAUAAGAAUCCCUACAAAGAUAACUUUUAUACAGUCAGGAACAAAAUCAGAAACAGCAGCAGGUGCACGGGAAACACACAUUUUUCAAUUUAUAUUUCCUCGUGGUUCUCUUGGAUAUCCUCUGGAACUGCUUAGAAGACUGAAGAAUUUCGUCCCCUAGACACUCACACUGUUGAAGCUCAGCGUUUCUUUGGGCCAAUAGGUUCAUGUAUUUAUCAGUUACUGUUUCUAUGAGGUCAUCCACGUAUAACAGAUAGAUACAAAGAAAUGAAGUCAAAAGAAAAAGCCUUGAGAAAGCCUUGUCAAAACUAAAGAGAUAGUUGCUUUCCCUGAGAGAUGAGUUUAGGAAUUGGUGGAUGCUUUGCAAGUCUCAAAGGGUUAUUUUAAUUCAAGUCAUAGCAAACAGCUUGAAAACAUACAUUUACCACCCAGUGGUAGUGAUCUCGUUUCUUCUCAAAAGAAGCCUAUGUGUAUGCCUUGAUUUUAAUUUUAUUCACUUAAUAUUUAUUAGGCACAUAGCAUCAUCCUAGGUGCCCUUAGCAGUCCUUCAGUCACUCUCAGAAUGCCCCUCACUAACAUUAUUGCUUAAUGCUAAUCAUUAAUUUCAUCCUAGAUCCAUGCUGUCUAGCAGGACUGUGCAUUCAGUAAGCCAGGUCCUCUUGAUGCUUCUGAGACAUAAAAAUAAAAGCCUUUGUCUACUACCUGCAUUUGAAGUUUUCCUACUAUCAAAUCUGAUUUUUGGAGGAUGGUUUCCAUGCCAUGUUUCUUUUUAUUAAGUGCUGGAAAGUGUUGUCUUUUUUUUGAUGAAUAUGGAACCUAUUGUCAAAAUGCAAAAAGAUCAGAUUAGGAAGUACCAACAUUAUUUCUGUGAUGGCACUUAAAUAAGAAUUUCAUCUUUAGGACAUUCUCUAAUAAACUGAACAUUUGCCAAAUAACAACAUUGGGUUGGAGACCAUAUUCAUAUUAUUCUCCACGCCCCAUGUAUCUCCUUUGUGCCCAGAGCUCUCUUUGAAGAGAUCUGUAGGGUGCAGAGAAAUGAGAUUGUCUGGCUCUGAAAGAAUAUUCAGCAUCAGAAAAAAAAGCAGGUCAUUUGUUAAGCGGAAGAAGAAGAAAUUGUCUCUGCAGCUGCUGAGCACAGUAAGAGUGUGGGGACCAGUGCCCCAGAAGCUCAUUAUCACUAGAUCCAGUUGUUAAUUUGGUCUCUUUUCUUCAGGUUUCCUUAUUUUCAUGGCAGUUAUGUCUCCAAACAUAAAAAGAAAGCUCUGGGUUCUUUUCACCCCAUGCCUGGUAGUUUUCCCAUUGUCCCUGGCUUACUAGUUACAAGUACCUGUCCUAGUAGUGUUGCUAUUGGAAAUCACUCCUAGGUCAUGGUUCCCAGGUAAUAUGCCCUUUUUAGUCUUACUGGGUUCACUCUUCCCUCCCCUUGUGCUUAAUAAUUAGCAUUAGGACUACUGUGAGACCUACACAAAGUAGGAUGUGGGACCACAUCUGGAUCCUCCCCUUUGCUUGAUGAAGGAGUUUACAGAUGGAGUGUGCUGAACCACUGCUGAUGUCACUGGCUCAGAUGUCACUUGCAGAACCUUCCCUGAUUCAUCUAAAAUCAGAUCCCUCUUUUUUUCUCAUAAAACCCAGUACUUUUUCCUAUUAAGCAUCUGUCACACUUGGUAUUUACUAAGUUAUUUCUGUGCUUGUUGAAUACAGCUAUUAUAAAAUCCAAUGCCUAGGGCAGGUUUUGUAAAAUAGGACCUGUGGGGCUGUUGUGGACUGGAGAGAACUUGCCUCUUGCAGAGGGGUACCUCUGUGCAUCUCCUGCUUGUUGCUGUGAGGAAUUGUGGGCCCAGUGUUUCCAAAGUUUCCUAUUAUUCAAAAGGAAGUUGAAAACCCAGAUUUUUAUUUGAAAUGUCCAAAUUUUAAAAUGUGGACAAUUGAAUUAAUUAAUUCAAAUAUACUUUUAAGAACAUUCUCAGGGUUAAGCAGUACCCCUCUAUAGUCAGUUGAUAAUUUAAUGUCUUUUGAUGGACAGAAAUUUUUAAUUUAAUUAUAGCCAAAUUUAUCCAUUUUUAUUAUGGCCAGUACUGUUUGUGUCCUAAGAAGUCUUUCUCUAUCCUGAAUUCAUGAAGAUAUUUUGAUUGUCCUCUAAAAGUUUUAAGAUUUUGCCCUUCCCACUUAAAUCUACAACCUAAGGGGAAUUUUUUAUAUGGUGUGACAUACAGAUCAAAUUUCAUUUUUUCCCCAUAUGAUGUCCACUUGUCCCAGUGCCAUUUAUUCAAAAGAUUACGCUUACCCACUGCUCUUCAGUGCCAUGGUUUAAUGUUUAUUUCUUCUAUUAGACUGUAAGUUCCAUGAAAACAGGACCAUGUCUAUUGGAUCACACUUGUAGUCCCCAAAUCUAGAAGCAAAAUUCAAAACUAAUAUUGGUGCACUCUGACAGUGAUGUUCUAGAGCAGUGCAGUUUAGUAGAACUUUCUCCUGAGAUGGCAGUGUCUCUGUGCUAUCCAAUACAACAGCCACUAGCUGCAGGUGGCUAUUGACCACUUGAAAUGGAGCUAAUGCGACUAGGGAACUAAACUUUUAUUUAAUUCUAAUUAACAUAACUAGUCACAUGUAGCUAUUGACUGCCAUGUUUGACAGUGUAAUUGGACAGUACAAUUAGUACAUAGCAUAGUAAUUAAGAAUAAACACUCUAGAGCUAGGUCUUCCUGUUACUUAACCUCUCAGUUUCAUCCCUAAAAUAAGGAGAGCAUUGCUACCUACCUUAUGGGGCUAUUGUAAGGAGUAUCUGAGUUGAUAUUUUUAAAGCACUUAGAACAGGACCUGGAAACAUAGAUUUAAGUAAGUGCUUAUUAUAUUUAAAAUAAUAAUAGUUUGGGGUUCUAUUUUUUUAAAAAUAGUCAAUUUAGGUUCAAACAUACAUACCUAUGGAUAAGUAAAAGCUUUGGUUUGGAGACUCCUGGAUCAUCUCCUUCUAUGCUGCUCCUUCUAUGCUGCACCUUCUAUGCUGUACAUGCUGUUUACAUUUUAAUUUCAAUUAAAAGUAAGUAAAACUAAAAAUUCAGUUCCUCAGUUGGACUGGCCACAUUUCAAAGUCUCAAAAGCCACAUAUGGCUAAUGGCUACUAUAUUGGACAAUGUACACUUGCAUUCUUGCAUAAAGUUCUAUUGGACAGCUCUAGUCUAGUGAAUUCCUUCCUACACAGCAUGCACAGAUAGGCCAGAUUGCUAAUAUACCAACUUGACAUUUGAACAGUUGAGAAAAUCAGUAUAAAGCUUCAAACUCUACUGUUGCCCAGAUUGCAGUAGCAACUGAACACUUUGAGCUUAGAAGUAGAGGAAUCUGACCUGGAAAGCCUACUCUGUGCCCUAAAUUCUUGGAGAGGAAACAAAAGCAGCAGAUUUAAAGGGUAUAUUAAGGGGGGUUUAUGGUAGAAGAGAACAUGAUUUUUGCAAAAUCCCGAAACAUUGACUUAUGUAUAAAUCUAAAUGCAAAUUUGUUUUAGUGUUUUACCUUUUGCAAUCCUGAAGGAAGAGAUGUCAUAGAUAACCACUUAAUGGUUCUCCUGGCCUGGAGGAGUGUAUUUCCUCGGGUUAUCUCCUCUGUCUCUGCUUCUACAACACCAAGUUGUAUAGUUGCUUGAAGAAAGGAAAACAAAGAACCUGUAAAAAUCACAAUUGUAAACAUAUUCUUCCUAUUAAAAAGUGUCCUGAAAAGCAGCAUCAGAUGCUGCCUUAGUAGCUUUUUGCUUGGGGUUAAAAUUUUUUUAAAAAUGGGUUUGCUUUUCCUAAUCUUACAUUAUCUCCUGCACACUUUUGCCUUUUGUUAUGGUCAUGACCUCAGUGGACACCAACCCAGUCUUGACAAGGUGGUUACCUCUCUCUCGGAGACUCAAGUUUUGCCCUGCAUUGCUUUUCCCUUUAACCAUUGUGGAAUUAGAAAAAGUAACCCUCUAAUAUACAUGGCUGCCCCUUGAGUAUUCCUUGUUGGCUGAAGCAAUGUUAAAUCUGUUCUCCAGCAAUGUGGCCAAAGGCUCAGUCACUCACAUACCAUCUUAAUAGUUUUUCUCAUAUCCAGGAAUCAUGUGAACUCUGGAUUCCUUAAUAUUUUUCUUUAUAUCAACUUACUGCUUAACUCAAUGAAUGUACUUAUAAGGGAAACUUUAAAACACUACCAUAAAUUGAAAACCAGUAUAAUAAACAGUCAUUAAAAUGAAUAUGCUAAAACCAAAGUCAUGUUAUUUUGGCACUAAUCAUGUUAUCAAGGCACUAAACUUGAGAUUACUCUCUUUUUAUUAAAAAAGGAGGGGGCAUGAAAUGAGAUUUUUUUCCUUGAUGUAGUGAAAAGGACUGAUAUUGUGGAAAAGGUGUUUGCAGUUUGCUGUGUGUUUCAGUGUUAACUUCAUGCUGUGUGUAGUACCUAAAAGCAUCUUGUCUUGCCUAAGGUCCCUUGAUAAGAAUUUCUCUGUGAGCCUCAGACCUCAAAAUACAUUAGCCUAUUUGACAUCUCCACUUAGGUAUUCUGCAGGGACCUUAACUUGGCAAGUCUAAGCAGAACUCAUGACUUCCUUUCCAAUCCAGGUCCAUUGCUCCUAAUCUCAAUGAAUGGUGCGCCUCCAUCUUCAGAGCAGGUGCUCAACCCAUAAACUCUUACCACCUCCCUCCGCCCCCAUGCUCAGCUCUUCCCCAAAUCUUAUAACUUCUUCCUAUGACUACUUUCCCCUUUAUCUCCCCAUCCUCACUGCCACAACUAAUCCAAGGUGAUGUCAUCCCUCGCCUGAACGAAUGUAAGAGCCUGUGUAUUGUUCCUGCAUCUGUUCCUGACCUCAUUGAAUCUAGACUGUACUCUGCAGUCAGAGCUAUCUUUUAAAAAUGCAAAUUAGAUUAUAUAAAUCCCCAGAUUGAACAUAUCCGAUGGUUUCUUAUCACCCUUGGGAGAAAGCUAAAAUUUCUUAAUGUGGCCUACAACACCCUUUCCACUUCUUUCAACCAGCCUCUCUCCCUGGCUCUCUCUGCUCCAACCAUCCCCCACCCCCUGGAUUUUUAGAAAUUUCUUAAUUAUGCCUGGUGCUGUCUUGAUAUGAGGACUUGAACAUGCUCUCCUUUCUUCCUGGAAAACUGUUCUCCCCACUCUUUCCUUAUCUAACUCUUAGUCAUCCUUCAGAUCUCAAUUUAGUUGUUUGUUUCUCAGAGAGGUCUUUCCUGAGCCCCCUCCCGUAAAGUUAGAGGACCCAUGAUUUGUUUCCAUAGCAUCCUGUGUUUCUACUUUUGCAUCAGAUAAAACAAUCUGCACAAUGUUUAAAAGUCCUUCCAUGCUAUAACUUCACGCGUAGACAUGGUCUGUUCUACUUGUUACUCUAUCCCUCAUAUUUUGGCUAGCAUAUAAAAAGUACUUAGCAAAUAUUUGUUAAAUAGAUUAAAAAUGUUGAUGGAGUUCAACAGGGAUGAGUAAGUGUCUUUGGGCUACAGCAAAGACAGGGUAAUAAUGUUUGAGCUGCAUCCUAAAGGGUGGGCACAUUUUCUGGAGAAAUCUUAGUUGAGAGAUUGUUAUUCCAAUUAAGAUGAAAAUAAACCAAUGCACAGAUUAGGAGUAGAAAUUUGGUCCUCUGUUUCCUGCUGGUGUCUCCAACUCCAGCCCUCAAAGCAUAUUCUCUUUGUUAUUUUCAACAAAAAUAUAUAGGUCAAUCCAUACCAGGUAAUUGCUAGAUGCUUGGAUGCUUUUAUUAGUGACAGCUUUUUCCAGAACAGAGAGUUUGUUUGAAAAGGUGAUCAGUCAGCUGGAAAUCAUCAGUUUUUGAUUUUGUUUUUGUUUUUUGGUCUGAAUAAAGCACCCACCAGAUUUGUAGCCUGAUUACUAUGUGAAAUAUGAAAUUGUUUGUGUACAUAUAUGUACUAUAACAGCUGUAUAUGUUUCCUGAUACUGUGCUGUAAAGCUGCAGAGGAUUAAAAAAGCUGCAGAGGAUAUUUAGGGCAGUGAAACUAUUCUGUGAUACUGUAAUGGUGGAUACAUGACAUACAUGGCAUUAUGUACUUGCAUAGAACUGUACAAAAUAAAGAGUGAACCCUAAUGUAAA